UCGCUACCACCGCAUCCCAUUCAUUCGUUCGCUUCAGCCGCCUUUUCGCCAUGAAACGGGUCGGCAAGUACGAGCUGGGGCGGACGCUGGGUGAGGGCACGUUCGGCAAGGUCAAGUUUGCUAAGGACACCGAGUCCGGCGAGCACGUGGCUAUUAAGAUUCUCGAAAAGUCCUCGAUUCUCAAGCAGGGCAUGGCAGAGCAGAUCAACAAGGAGAUCUCCAUCAUGAAGAUGAUCCAGCACGACUAUAUCGUCAAUCUCAUCGACGUGCUGGCGUCGGCUACCAAGAUUUACAUGGUGCUGGAGCUGGUGACUGGCGGAGAGCUCUUCUACAAGCUCGCCAACGAGGGCCGUUUUCCCGAAGACACGGCGCGCCACUACUUUCAGCAGCUCAUCAACGGCCUCGCGUACUGCCACUCUAUGGGCAUCUACCACCGCGACCUCAAGCCGGAAAACAUCUUGCUUAACGACCAGGAGGAUCAGCUGAAAAUCUCGGAUUUUGGUCUCUCUGCACUGCAGGAGAAGGACGGCAACUUGCUGCGGACGACGUGCGGGACGCCCAACUACGUCGCGCCCGAAGUCUUGUCUAACUCGGGCUACCACGGCUCGACCGCCGACGUCUGGUCGUGCGGUGUCAUCCUCUACGUCUUCCUCGCGGGCUUUCUCCCGUUUGAGGACCCGUCGACCGAAGCGCUGUUCAAGAAGAUCACCCGCGCCUCGUUCCGCUUCCCGCCGUGGUUCUCAGACGGCGCAAAGUCGCUCAUCGAGCGCAUCCUCGUUCCCGAUCCGGCCGAACGCAUCACUCUCGAGGAAAUCCUUGCCGACCCGUGGUUCCUCGUCGACCUGCCCGACUCGGAGCCGGUUCCGUCGGUCGGCCACGUCGACACCGUCGACCAGUCGGACGACUCACUCUCCGUCGUCGACAUUGGCGGCGAGGACGUCGAGGUUGUCGAAGACGACGACGAGCCCGGCCCGGCCAAGGACGUCUCCAAGAUCACCAACGCAUUUGACCUCAUCGGCCGCUCGGGUGUCUUUGACCUCACACGCAUGCUCGAGCGCCACCCGCCGGACCAGAUCAAGCGGUACACGCGCUUCUCGUCGUCGACAGACCCGGAUGUCAUUCUCGAGCUCCUGCAGUCGAUCCUUGACACCAUGCCGGUCUCGUACCACGUCCAGCCCAAGUCGUACUCGAUCGACGUCAAUGCAGCCUCGUCCAAGGGCAUCAUCAACUUUACCAUCCAGAUCUACGAACUCUCGGGCUCGCUCUACCUCGUUGACUUUCAGAAGAACAAGGGCGACACGCUCGAGUUUACCCGCUACUAUCGCACCCUCUACGAGAAGGCCUCCGACGCAUCACUGCCGGUCGAGGGCAGCGACGGCGAGUUUGGCGGGCCGUCGGGCGCCCCGCCGCCGUCAGCCAUCCCGCGCAAGUCCAAGGCCAAGGACAAGGCCAAGGCCAAGGCCAAGUCCAAGGCCUAGCUCCUCACACGAUGGAACGUUGCGUGGUUUGAUGAGUUUGAUGAGUGGAGCAUAGCCGAGUCAGCUGGGCAGGCAAGGAAUUCGCGGCUUGCGCCGCGGGCAGCCUGCCCGCUGCUCGCCUUGCCGUCGAGGAUUGGUGAGGGAGGGAUGAAAGUUGGAAAAGAAUGGAGAGAAAAGAGGAAGAGAGUGAGAAGGUCGAGGUGUGCGGGUCAACGAUGCGCGGUUCGGCAGUUGCGUCUCGAUACCCAGAGCCAGCAAGCGACGGGAGGGGCACGGCCUACUCGGGCAGCGAGGUGAUGAGCCGCAGCGCGUCGGACGGGUUCAUGACCGACGUCUCGCGGCCUUGAACAACGACGACG